AUGACUACUUCUGCACUGAUUCCCCGCUUCGUCGGGUUAGUAGUUACUGUGUCAUUGAGACUCAAGCUGAUUAUUCAGUCGAAAUUUAUCUCCCUCGAUUCGUACUUCAACAACAAGGCAUUUGGCGUAUAUCCCGGCCAGACGUCCUUUGAUGCGUUGAAUCAGUCCUAUCCAGACCCCAGCAUUAUUGGCAUCAAUGGAACCUACACAUCCACACACACUGGUGUUGUCUACGACUUUCCAGGCUAUCGUGGGCCCGUCCUUCCAGACAAUGUCGUCUGUGAAGGCCAGACAAUCAUUGUGCCUCGCGACCAGUACUUCUCUGCAUCCAUGCUGGUAACAUCCGACGUUCAACUGUCCACCGUGUCGGGGAAUGUGACAUACACGUAUUCAGACAACUCGACACUUGUCUCCGAGCUGCGCAGUCUACCCUGGUGGGCAUUCCUGACAAUCAACCGGGGCGAGAUCAUCUUCCCCUACCGGUACACUCACAACGACACCAACUUCAACACAUCGCACAUCUUCGAAUACUCUGCAGCAUUGGAUCCCAACAAGACUCUACAUUCAAUCACACUGCCAGUCACUACCAACACAACUACAGGCAGACUGCAUAUUUUUUCCGUAUCCCUGUGGAAAUCCACCGCCCCAUCAGCCCAAGUGCAAUUCGUGCGCCCGACCCAAAAGUGGACAGAAAGCGGCAACCAGAUAGUCGAAGUGACCAUCAACAACCCAGGCAGCAGCUGCAUCGCAGGACCUGGGGUCAACUUAUCAUUAUCCAUGCCUGGAAUCCGAACCCUAGAGCCCGCAAACGUCAAACGACUCUGUCCCGGCGACCAGAAACGCGUCAACAUCGGCAUCAACGGCACAGCCAACGGAACAGCCACCGUUAUCCUAAACUACACCCACUCCAUCCAGCACCAAACCUAUCCUCACCCCCUUUCCCUCGGCCUAACAGAAUGGACCUCAGACCUGUCCAGCCUCUCACACCACGAAAGCCCUGAAUGGUUCGACGACGCCAAAUUCGGCAUCAUGAUCCACUGGGGUCCCUACUCCGUCCCCGGCUGGGGCAACUCGACUCCCUACGAAAGCUACGCCGAGUGGUUCUGGUGGUACACCACGCACCGUGCCGCCGACAAAUCCGACACCUACGACUACCGGCUGCGCACCUUCGGGCCCACCUGGAACUACGACGACUCGUUCCCCUCCUUCACAGCAGCCAACUUCUCCCCGAAAGCCUGGGUCGACCUCAUCGCAGCCUCGGGGGCCAAAUACUUCGUGCUAACAACUAAACACCACGACGGGUUCGCCCUCUUCGACACGCAGAACACCACCAACCGCUCCUCCCUCCACUACGGCCCGCACCGGGACCUCGUGUCAGAACUCUUCACCGCGUCCUCAAUCCACCACCCCACCCUAAAACGCGGCACCUAUUUCUCCCUCCCAGAAUGGUUCAACCCAGACUUCGGGCCCUACGGGUUCGCCGAACUCCCGGGGAACACCUCCACCAGCUGGCCAGGCAUCAUCGCCCGCAACCCAUACACUGGCCUGAACGAACCCUAUACAGGCCGCAUCCCCGUCACGGAUUUCAUCACAGAUGUAAUGGUUCCCCAAAUGACCAUUCUAGCUCACAAUUACAGCACAGACAUCAUGUGGUGUGACUGCGGGGCCGCGAACGGGACUGCGUCUUUCGCUAGCGAAUGGUUCAAUUCCGCGCGUGCAGAUAAUCGCCAAGUGGCAAUUAAUUCGCGGUGCGGGGUCGCGGAAGUGUCCGACUUCGAUACGCCCGAGUAUGCGACGUUUAGUUCGGCACAGUUGCGCAAGUGGGAGAGUAAUAUGGGCAUGGAUCCGUAUAGUUAUGGGUUUAAUCGGGCGACUGCGGAAAGAAGUUAUAUGAAUGCUAGUACGGUGGUCAGGGAUUUGGUGGAUAUGGUGAGUAAGAAUGGGAAUUUUUUGUUGGAUGUUGGGCCGCGCGCGGAUGGGAGUAUUGUCGAGAGGGAGGAGAGGGAAUUGAGGAGGGCUGGGGAGUGGAUUCGAGGACAUGAGGAGGCGGUGUUUGGGACGAGGGUUUGGUGGGUGAGGAGUGAGGCGGUUGGUGUGACAGGUGGUGGUGGGGAGGUCGGGGUGAGGUUUACGCAGACGAAUGAGGCGUUUUAUUUGUUUUUUCUGGAGGAUCCGGGGAAGAAGGUGUUUGUGGAUGCGGCGGUGCCAUUGUUGAGGGGGGAUAGAGUUGUUGUGGUGGAUGGCGAUGAGGAAGGGGAGGUAGAGGUUGAGUGGGAGGGGAGUGCGACGGAGGGAUUUACGUUUAGGGUUCCUGAGGGGGCGUGGGAUGGAGAGGAGUUUUGCUGGGUGUUGAAGGUUGUGUAUGUUGCUUAGUUGUGCCUAUGAUGGGGUAGAGCUAUGUGGUACAUUGGGAUAGAGGAAUGACGAGCAUGCAUGGAGCUUCUCUAAUAUCACCUCACGGGAACGGUCAAGCCAGACUAAUAUUUCCAAACCUCCCAUCCCUCCGUCGAACCGUAUAUCGCAUAUCCAUAAUCCGAAACGUAUCUUUCAUCGCUGUCCUGGCUCGUCGGACACUCCCUAGGUUCCGUGUCCGUUCUAUCCGCUCUAGUCGAUCCAUCACGAACCGGCGAUGAUCCUGAUCAUCCAGUGCGGUCUGCCCGAGAACGUAUAAUGGCCACAGUAGAGUGGCAGAAUCAGGAAGACUCUGGAUGAGAUCAAUCAUCUUAUUCACUAAUGUGCGCUUAUCCGUUCUUGGGAUGAAUUGCCUGCGAUAGGUAGUGGAGCCGACCCGCUCGAUCAAGUACAGUAAUGCUGCUAGACGCUUCGUUUCGGCGAUUCGAGCUAUAUCUUCUCUGUGUUGUAGGUGGGGUGGGAGGGUCUGAGCGAGGUUGAUGAGGGAGCAAGCAAGGCGAUUUGCUCUUGAUAUGUAGGUAUCUGCUGGCCCAGCGUUUGUGGUUUUCUGUGGUGCCAUUAGACGCGUGUCGAUUUGCU